ACAUGAUAAGAAGCAUUUCCAGUUCUGCUUGCAGAUGGUAGGAAGGUGUGUCGUUUUGGGCGUUAACCUACAUACCUUUACUUCGUGUCACUACAGUCAAAAGCAGGAAGAAAACUUUGACCACGUGUCCCAGCGGCACAAACAAACAGCAGGGAGUGAAACAAACAUUUUACUUGCGGUAGACCGUGUUGACUGCUGAGAAAUGGAGUGUCAGUGUGACCAGAACACAGGCGAUGCUGCUGCAGGUUGGAUGAGUGGCAGUAACGUGCAGAUGGGAGCGUUUGCUGUGGUUGGAUAUCUUCUCUACAGAUUCUCACAGACUCUGCCAGCUCUGAUCCGGUGGCCAAUUCGUCUCUUCUGCUCUAUAACUGGUCUGUCAGCUCUCUGGGGCUGGGUGAGCCACCUCGUGGGAACACUCCAUGUAAUUCGGAGGCUGUUUAAGUGUCUUUCUUGGAUUUGGCGGUUUAUGGUCGCCUUUUCCUCCAGGCUGAAGUGGAUGCUUCCAAUCAUCAGAAUCAUCACAGGGUCAUCAGGAGAAGAAUCCCAGUCUGUCACUGGUGAUCUCAACUUGAUAGACCUGAGACUGGUCCUUCUGGGGCCAAGUGGAGGAGGGCGGACCUCCCUAGCAGAUAUUUUUUUAGAGAAAAGUGAGACAAGAGAUUGCAAGGAUCCUUUAAACCGGAGCAUUAAGAGGAGCAGAGUCCUGGAUGGUAGAGUACUCACCGUGGUUAACACCCCAGAUGUUUUAGGGUCUCUUCUGGGGAACCGCAUCAGAGUCCAGGAAGCUCUGAGGAGUCUUCAGUUCACCAGUCCUGGUCCACAUGCCUUCCUGUUGGUGGUCCGUGUCACAGGCUCCAGCAGUGAGGACAAGCAGGAAAUCUGCCAGGCAAUCCGAGCCACUCUGGAGCUGUUUGGUGAUGAAGUCAAAGACCACAUCCUGCCAGUGUUGACCCACACAGACCAUCUGGCUGGAGGACAGACUAUAAAGCAGCUGCUUGAGGAGGACACAGGGACUCUGAGAAGACUUCUGUCUUUGUGUGGACAGAGACCAGAGCUCGUGGACAUCAGGCCAGACCUGCCGCAGGAGGCAAAGAGGGAGCUGCGCCGGCGUUGUGUGGAGCGUGUGCUGGAGAUGAGGGAGCUGAGGGGACCUUUCAUCCACGAGCUGCAGAGGAGGGAGGACAGCCUGAGGGAGAAGCUGCUCUCUGACAUGACCUCUUCUCUGCUUCAAAAACUGGACCACACUUAAAGAAAGAAGCAGGACAUUUAAGAUCAUGGUGUUUCUGUGAGUCUGUGUGUUAAUAUUAAAUUCAAAUCAAUUGUAA